GGCGACCUUCAUUUCUUUUACGAAUGGCUCUUUUGAAACAUUUCCAACCUUCCUUCCUACGUACAUACAUACAUAGAGAGAGACCUACUACACACCUUUUCCAAGGAACCACUGAUUCUUUCCAUCUCGUUGCGUAUUGUCGCUGUCCUCUCUUUUAUUUAUCGAUCUAUUCCAUUGUGAAGAUUCCACAUUCUUUUACUUAUUCACUUCUCUUAUUUUAAAUCUACCGUCGCCAUUGCAAUUCCAGUGCGAAACGUCACAUCCAUACAAGCAAGAUUCGCAAAAGAUUCCAAAAACCAACCUCCAUUCCAAUCCUCACUCAACCACACCCACCAACCGCAAAAAUGCAAACCCCAGCUCUCCUCACCAUCUCUCUCCUCUUCCUCUCCAAUGCGCUCUCCGUAACAGCCACUCCUCCCGCAUGUCUCCUCGCAGCCAUCAACGUUCAAUCCGACCCCUCCGAUCUCAAGGCCCUCUGCGGAACAUUAGAAAAUGCCGUGACAGGAAACAUCACGGAUAAAUGUUCGAAGGAUGCUUACAAGGAGGCCGUGAGCUCUUAUCAAGCUACCUGUUUCGAGGGUGCGGGGGUGAACAUUACAAUUACAUCCUCCUCCGCCUCCGCCACAGGUACAAAAACAGCAUCUCUCUCUGGCUCCGCCUCUGCCUCUGGCUCCGCAAGCGCAACAGCAACUGAAAGCGGAGCAAAAGCUACCGGAACCGCUACUGCAACUGGUGCGAGUGGAUCGAGCGUUAGCGCGACGGCAAGUGGUACUGGUGCGAGCGUGGCUACGGCUACAGGUGGUGCGGGAGCUUUGAUUGUUCCGGGAUUUUUGGGAGUUGUUGGAGUUGUUGGUGCGGUUUUGUUUUAAGGGAAGGAAUAGGGUUGAUUGGCGCGGGGAAGGAAGGUCGUGGAGAGAAAUAUAGCCAGGUGCUAGAUGGGAUGUGAGGAAGUGGGUUCAGAGGAAGGAGAGGGGGGGUAGUGUAGGAUGGAGAAGGGAGAAGAAGAUGAAUUUGUGCAUAUUUCAGAGAUACCAGGAUAGUUUCUUGACAGUUUAGUGCGGCGAAGUUGGGGAUGUGAAUGGAUAAAUAAAUCA